CAUUAGUAUCAUGUUUCAUAUGCGUCAUGCCAGAAUUUCUCUCUAAGGGCCUGUCCAUUUGAUAUAAGGUUUAUGGUACUCACCCAGUGCACAGUAGAGAUAAUACAAAACAAUCAUUUCUCGAUUUGUACUUGUACAUAUUUAUUUUCACAAUUAAAAAUUUACGAAGUGUUGAAGUCAGAAAUGGAAACAUACUCAAAAAUUUUCCCAGAUGAAACUAAUCAUCACAAAGUAAAGAUGGAAAUGGGAGUAGAUGAUGAAAGCUAUGAAAAAGGAAAUUCAUUUGACUUGGGAUUUCAGUACACGACUGAUGGGGGGCAUAUUGAUGAAAAGACUGAAAUCAUGGAUAUUGCUCAUCAUUACACUGAUGAGAAUGGAAUAAGAUCGUCUAUUAAAUAUGAAAUAGGCGAGUUUGCUUUAAACCAGAAAAACAAUCUCGAAGGGUAUAUAGAGGCUGUCCAUUUGAAUAAAAAAGAACAUAAAUGUCACUUAUGUGAGUUUGCAGCCAAUCAGAAAUUUGAACUCAAACUUCAUUUGGAUUCGGUCCAUUUGAAUAAAAAAGAAUUUCAAUGUCCAUUAUGUGAGUAUGCUGCAAGCAUUAAAGAAACCCUCCAAAAUCAUAUAGAUGCUGUCCAUUUGUAUAAAAGAGAACAUAAAUGUCACUUAUGUGAUUAUGCAUCCAACUGGAAAGUUAGCCUCAAAAUUCAUAUUGAUUCUAUCCAUUUGAAUAAAAAAGAACAUAAAUGUCACUUAUGUGAGUUUGCAGCCAAUCAGAAAUUUCAACUCAAAUAUCAUUUGGAUUCUGUUCAUUUUAAUAAAAGAGAACAUAAAUGUCACUUAUGUGAUUAUGCAGCCAACCUGAAAGUUCAACUCAAAAUGCAUUUGGAUUCUGUCCAUUUGAAUAAAAGAGAACAUAAAUGUCACUUAUGUGAUUUUGCAGCCAACCGGAAAGCUACCAUCAAAGAGCAUUUGGAUUCUGUCCAUUUGAAUAGAAAAGAACAUAAAUGUCACUUAUGUGAUUAUGCAGCCAACCAGAAAGCUACCCUCAAAAAGCAUUUGGAUUCUGUCCAUUUGAAUAAAAAAGGACAUAAAUGUCACUUAUGUGAGUUUGCAGCCAAUCAGAAAUUUCAACUCAAACAUCAUUUGGAUUCUGUUCAUUAUAAUAAAAGAGAACAUAAAUGUCACUUAUGUGAUUAUGCAGCCAACCUGAAAUUUCAACUCAAAAAGCAUUUGGAUUAUGUUCAUUUGAAUAAAAGAGAACAUAAAUGUCACUUAUGUGAUUAUGCAGCCAACCAGAAAGUUCAACUCAAAAAUCAUUUGGAUUCUGUUCAUUUUAAUAAAAGAGAACAUAAAUGUCACUUAUGUGAUUAUGCAGCUAACCAGAAAGUUCAACUCAAAAAGCAUUUGGAUUCUGUCCAUUUGAAUAAAAGAGAACAUAAAUGUCACUUAUGUGAUUAUGCAGCCAACAAGAAAGCUUACCUCAAAAAGCAUUUGGAUUCUGUCCAUUUGAACAUAAAAUAAUUACCUGUGUGAUUAUGUAGCCAACUGGAAAGAUUACCUCAAAAUUAAUAUGGAUUUGUCCAUUUGAAUAGAAAAAAAUAUAAAUGUUACUUAUGUGAUUAUGCAGCCAACCAGAAAGUUCAAAAUUCAUAUGGAUUCUGUCCAUUUGAAUAAAAAGAACAUAAAUGUCAUUUAUGUGAUUAUGCAGCCAACCGGAAAGUUUGUAUUUUGUAUGGUGGCAAUGAACAGAUAAAUUUCUGUUUUAGGUUUCAGGUAAGGUAAGGUCAGGCAAUCCAUGAGAAAAUAAAUUUAGAACAAAAUAAGACCGGGUUUUUCCUCAUAUUGUAUUUCAAUGCUCUAAUAUAUCUGAGAUCCUUACUUGUGAUUAUAAUAAUCCUUCAGAAUCAACUAUAUUAAAGUUAAAUUCUGUUCCUCGGCAUUUACUGAAGUAUCAAAUUUAUAAUCAUCAGCCCUAUGAUUGUAGAACUUCCCCAAAUGUUUCUUGUAUGGAAAAUAUUAAUGAUUCUAACAAUAACCAUCUAAGUGAUCCAGAAUUAUCAUAUCAAAUUAAAAUGAAUUGCCUACUAAUUGAUCGCUAUUUAUAAUCUUUUUUUAUUCAUAUCCACCUACAACCUCCAAAUGAGCUGAAAAUGAAGUAACAAAGAGGACCUGUGUUAAUUAAAGUGAAUUACGAAAUGAGCACUGUAACGCAGGAAGAUAGAUUAAACCAACUGAAGAUUUUUAUCUUUCAUGUAUGUGUAGAAAUUUGAAUAUUGCUUCAUAAAUGUAUCAAUUCAGUUGUUCAUCAGAUAUAAUUUCAUAAAGUAGGUAUAAAUAGGUAUUUUUUUUCAGUCAGGUAUAGUGUAAAUCUCCCAAUAUAAUGUAUAUUAUGUAUUGAUUUUUAUAAAUAAUUAUUAUUUUAAGCAAAUAUGUAAAUUUCCUUUGAUAAAUAAAACUUUUCG